CCUUCUCAAUUGGAACGGAAUUUACGGAAGCCAUGAUGGAAGUUCGCGAGUGCAGCCUGGGGCUGGGAGAAACGAGUCAGUACAGUAGGGAAAGGGACGUUUCAGGGAAGAACGGCAGGCGUGUUAUAAGAUAAAAUAAAUAAAAAUCGAACAGAUUUGUAGUCUUUAAGGUGGAGGCUGUCAAUUUUCCCUCAAUUUUUUUUGUCGGGUGACUGCUUUUUUUUUGUUUGAGAAUUGACAUGCUAUGCGCUAGCCAUAUCUACCUACGUGUGUGCUGAGAUCGAGUGUGUCAGUCACUUUUCUGGGAAAGGAACGGCGGGGAGAUUUCUCUCCGCUUGUCUGGCAUAAUCACGGCGCCUUUGGCGAAAUCAGAUACUUGGUACUCUCUUGAAAUACAACGCUCCGAGGGCUGGAUAAUUAAUCACCUAUUCAUCUGGGGGAUUUUGUGUAAAAUUGCGGGACCUGGGAAGCCGGGCCUGUGGUGGAACGGAGUGAGGCCCUCCUUUAUGACCUAUCGGCAGCAGAAACUAUUCUAGCUAGCUAGCACGGCUAGCUUAGCUAGCUAGCUGUCAACGUUUGACACCAACGGGAUUGCGAGGGAGAAAAAUAUUGGCAACAUUUCAUACAAAGGCAACGAUACUUUCUCUUAAUUUAAAAACGGUAAAGACCCCUGCCACAGAUAUGGCUGCAAUCAUAAAGGAAAUUGUCAGCCGAAACAAAAGGAGAUACCAGGAAGAUGGGUUUGACUUGGACUUGACUUAUAUUUAUCCAAACAUAAUUGCCAUGGGCUUUCCUGCUGAAAGACUUGAGGGUGUCUACAGAAACAACAUCGAUGACGUAGUACGGUUUCUGGACUCUAAACACAAAAAUCAUUACAAGAUAUAUAAUCUGUGCGCUGAGCGACAUUAUGACGCAGCCAAAUUCAAUUGCAGAGUUGCACAAUAUCCGUUUGAAGAUCACAAUCCACCCCAGCUGGAGCUGAUCAAACCGUUCUGCGAAGAUCUUGACCUGUGGUUAAGUGAAGACGACAAUCAUGUGGCGGCGAUUCACUGUAAAGCUGGAAAGGGACGUACGGGUGUCAUGAUCUGUGCUUACCUGUUACACCGGGGCAAGUUCCCUAAAGCACAAGAAGCUCUCGACUUCUACGGCGAAGUCAGGACCAGAGAUAAGAAGGGAGUGACGAUCCCCAGUCAGAGGCGGUAUGUCUACUACUACAGCCACCUUCUCAAGAACCAGUUGGAGUACAAACCAGUGGCUCUGCUGUUCCACAAGAUAGUGUUCGAGACGGUGCCCAUGUUCAGUGGCGGAACGUGUAGGGACACUUCCGUUAAAAACAAGAGUGAGCAGAUUCCACAUGGUUUCAGGAAAGGGAAUUGGCACUGGGAUCCUCAGUUUGUUGUGUACCAGCUCAAGGUAAAGAUCCACACGUCCAACCCGGUGAACACACGGCGGGAGGAGAAGUACGUGUUCUUCGAGUUCCCCCAGCCGCUGCCUGUGUGUGGAGACAUCAAGGUGGAGUUCUUCCACAAACAGAACAAAAUGAUGAAGAAGGACAAGAUGUUUCACUUCUGGGUGAACACCUUCUUCAUCCCUGGACCGGAGGAGAAAGUGGAGAACGGGACGUUACCGAAGGAACAGGAAGGAAUCCAAACCACAGGAGGAACGGGAGACAACGACAAGGAUUGCCUGAUCCUCUCACUGACGAAGAACGACCUGGACAAGGCCAACAAGGAUAAAGCAAACAGAUACUUCUCCCCCAACUUCAAGGUCAGUCAGGUGAAGCUGUACUUUACCAAGACUGUGGAGGACCCCUUCAACUCUGAGGCCAGCACUUCCACCUCGGUAACGCCAGACGUUAGUGACAACGAGCCUGACCAUUACCGAUACUCUGACACCACAGACUCUGACCCGGAGAAUGAACCGUUCGACGAGGAGCAACACACACAAAUAACGAAAGUGUGAGAGAUUUCUAUGG